CCGGCUUCACGAUGACAGCAGCGACAUAUCACAACCUAGCGCUAGCGCUGCUAGUGCUGUGCGUGAUCACCAGCCCAAUUGAGAGCCGGUACCGUGAAAAGGACGCCAAAAAGAUAAAAUCCUCGCAACCGAACCUGCCCCAGCUGGUUGUACCUUCGCCGCUGAUGAACCUCUGUUCGGGCGACCGAGAAAUGAAGCUGGUGUGCCAUUGCUCGCCGGAUGAUCCACACGUAAAAGCGCAAAAAGCGAACUGCUGGAUCUUCAGCAAGGAACUGCCUCGCAAGGAUACCAACUGGCUCGCUUUCCAGACGCAGGCGACGCUCGAGCAGCUCAAAAUCACGGUGCAAAAGAUUGGCAACCUCGCGUACAUACCAUCGGACGUGCUGCAUACGCUCAAGUACCUGAAGCAGCUGACGAUCGAGUACGGCGUGAUACCGGACCUGCUGAACUACGCGUUUGGUAACCUGACCGAGCUGCGCAACGUGACGCUGCACAAGAACCAGAUCCGAAUCGUGCACCCGUUCGCAUUCGCGAACCAUCCGUUCCUGGAGGAGAUCAACCUCGAACGCAACGAGAUCCUCGAGCUGGAUAAGGAGGCGUUGGUGCAUCUACCGGCCCUGCGCAAGCUCAAUCUCGACUACAACAACCUGUCAAUGCUGCACGACGACGUGUUCACCUAUCUGACGAGCUUGGACGAGCUGAAGCUCGAAUCGAACCAGAUUGCGGUGUUGACGCGUGAAAUCUUCAAGGGCCUCGGCAAUCUGCGCAUCCUCAAGCUGACCGCCAACAGUCUCACCUUCAUUGGUGACACGAUCUUCGCGGAGUUGUGGAGCCUGCAGGAGCUGGACCUGGACCACAAUCAAAUCGAGAAACUCUCCGCCCGAGCCUUCGAUGGGCUGAACAACCUGCGGAAGCUGAACCUCGAGAACAACCGGUUGAAACGGCUCGAGCGAGGCAUCUUCACCGGUGUGCCGGCCGUACUCAACCUGAACCUUAACGCGAACCAGCUCGAAACGAUUACGUACAACAACUUCCUGCCGCUAAUGGACAACCUCGUCAACAGUACGGCCAUUCUGCACCUCAAAGAAAACCGAUUCCUGUGUGACUGCCGGCUGCUGUGGCUGUUCGACCUGCGCAACAACACCAAAAACGAGGAACUGCGGUACACGCUGCAGCACGUCGAGUGUCUGUACGACCUGAAAGCGGCGUACAUGGCACCCGCGAUGCCCCACAACCAGCUGAAGGACUUCGGGCGAACCGCGCACGAGUCCAUCCUAUUCGACGAGGACUACUACGACGACGGUGGCCACCGGAAGCCGGGCGUAGUGAUGCAGAAAAAGUACGGCUCGAGUCGUCCGGUUGGAGAUGCCAGCCCAAAUCCGGCUACCCUAGACAAGAACCAGCUACAGCUCGUUACGCUGAUGAAGCUACGCAAGGACACCAUUCUGCCCUGCCCGAAGGAGCUGGAUGAACCGACGGAGCUGCCGCUGUCCCGCGAAUCCAUCGGGUUCGAUCUGGGUUUGCGUUCGUCAGUGACGGCAACCUCGGUGGCUGCUAGCUCGCGUCACCUCACCUGUUGGUCGCUAGUGCUGCUCGGUGCGAGUUCUCUGCUCUACCUGGCCCGACCCAAUCGGGAAUGUUAG